AUGGAUUCCGGCCUGUCACAUAAUUCGACAUUAGCAGAUAAUUCUGUGAUUGUCGCUACACCAAAACUGCCAAAGCUGAAACUACCAUCGUUUUCCGGAAAAAAUUCGGAGUACAAAAAUUUUAUUGCAUCAUUCUCGCAAAUUAUCGACAGAAAACAGGGUCUUAGUAAUAUCGAGAAAUUCAACCAUUUGCUCAACUGCCUUAAGGGGCAAGCCCUCGAAACGGUUCAAGCAUUUCCCGUGACGAAUGAAAACUACCGUAAGGCACUAGAGCGACUCAAAUUACGAUACUAUAAUGACUCAUUGAUUUUCUUGGAAAAUAUUAAUAUGCUUUUCGAUAUGCAACCACUGAGUUACCCAAAUGCGACACAGUUGCGUAGCAUUGUAGAUAAAGUAUCGGCGUUGUUCGGAUCUUUAUCUUCGCUUGGCACCGAUAAAGAGAUUGCUAACGCCAUGCUGAUUCAUUUGGUGAUUACCAAAAUUGACGAGGAAUCUCGAAAAAAAAUGGAAAGAGUCAGCUGA